AUGAUCACAGAAUUCAUAGUUUGUGGUAAUGACCCAUUCAGUAUAGUUGAACAAGAGAAAUUUAAAAUAAUAAUUGAUAAAGGAUUUCCUAAUCGACAGGAGUUAAUAUCUACAAAAGUAAAACAUGUCUGUGCAACUGCAGAUUGUUGGUCUGUGUUUAAAAAAAGUUAUAUUGGGAUAACCGCUCAUUGUUUUGAUUUUGAAACUCUUGAUCGGAAAUCUGCUGCUUUAGCUUGUCGCAGAAUUAAAGGGAGACAUACAUAUGAUACAUUAGCAAAAAUAUUGAACGAUGUAUUUUGUGAAUAUGGCAUAUUAAAUAAGAUAAUCAAUGUAGUAAUGGACAAUGGCUCUAACUUUGUCAAGUCUUUUCGUAUUUUUGGAGAGCAAAAAGAUGUAACUAUAAGUCAGUGCGAACUUGAUGAUGGUGGAAUUGAAGAAUAUAUUGAAGUUAUUGAAAUAGGUAAUAUUCUUGAAGAAGAAAACAUUGAUUCAGCUGAUCGAUUACCAUCUCAUCAUCGCUGUGCUAGCCAUACUCUAAAUUUAAUUGCCACUAAAGACAGUGAAAAAGCUUUAUCUGAUUCCAUUUACAAAAAGCAAAUUAGGAUCAUAUUUGCUAGAAUGCAAUUUUUAUGGAACAAACAGGAACGCACUAGUCUAAUUGCUGAUGAUAUCCACGAUUCGUUAAAUAUUUACAUUGUUGUACCAAAUGCUACACGUUGGAAUUCCACUUAUAAGGCUGUCAAGUGUUUAUAUGAAAAUUUGACAAAAUCUGAACUGGAAUUACAAUCUAUUUGUGAUAAAGCAAACAUUCCUCGAUUUGACAAAAAAGAUGAGUCAUUUAUGUCAGAUUAUUGCAAGGUAGGGGAGAGGUGGCCACAAAGAAACAUGGGUCGUAACAGGGUAAGAAAAACAACAAUUGGCACCUUCACACAUGAAGAAAUGUCGAAUGCCGUAGAUAUGGUGUUAAAUGGUGUUUGUUCCAUUAGGGAAGCCGCUCGUCGAAACAAUUUAAAAAUCCCAACUGUUGCCAGAUAUGUCAAGAAAAAAUCAAAAAAUUCUUUAGCAAGAAUGUGUCCCAAGUAUAAUUCUCGACAAGUAUUCACGUCAUCCAUCGAGAAAGAAUUGGUAAAUUAUCUUUUACAAUGUUCAAAAAUGUGUUAUGGCAUAGGUUAUUCUGACUGUCGUAAAUUAGCAUUUCAGUUGGCUUUAAAAAAUAAUAUUGUUGUACCUCACAGCUGGAUUAUUAAUGAAAUGGCUGGAAUUGACUGGAUGAAGGAUUUUAUACGUAGAAAUCCCACUAUAAGUCUUAGGAAACCAGAAGCAUGUAGUCUGUCACGGGCUACUUCAUUUAACAGACACAAUGUUUCAUUAUUUUUUGAUAAGCUUGAAAAUGUUUUGAAAAGACAUGAUUGUUUUGGGGAUGGCUCUAGAAUUUAUAACCUUGACGAAACAGGCGUUACAACUGUGCAGACACCCAAGAAAGUUAUAGCCCAAAAAGGUGUAAAACGUUUAAACCAAAUUACAAGUGCUGAAAGAGGUGUCUUAGUAACUGUAUGUUGCAUUAUUAACGCGUAUGGCCAUGCAUUACCACCAGUAAUUUUAUUUCCAAGGGUUCAUUUUAAAAAUCAUAUGAUAAAUGGUGCUCCUCCCGGGACACUUGGCUUAGCUUGCCAGUCAGGCUGGAUGAACACUGAUUUGUUUAUUGAAACAUUGUUACAUUUUAUUAAGUUCACUAAUUCAUCAAAAGAAAACCCUGCUCUUCUUAUCAUGGAUAACCAUGAAAGUCACAUUUCAUUAAGCUCCAUUGAUUUAGCAAAAAGUAAUGGCGUAACGAUUUUGACAUUGCCUCCUCAUUGCAGCAAUCGACUACAACCACUUGAUGUUUCAGUUUAUGGCCCAUUUAAGAAAUAUUAUAACUCUGCCGUUGAUGCAUGGUUACAGAACCAUCCAGGGAGGACAUUAGAUAUUUAUAAUAUUGCACCAUGUAUAAAUUCAGCAUUCGAUAAAUCAAUGACUAUGAAAAAUAUUCAGGCUGGUUUUAAAGCAACUGGCAUAUACCCAUUUGACAAAAAUAUAUUCACAGACGAUGAUUAUUUAGUAAGUGCUGUAACUGAUCGACCAUAUCAAAAUGUUGAUACUUCUAUCGUUAAUAACAAUUUAUUACCUCAAUCAAGCAGUAGUACUACAGAAAUAAAAACAAAUCAAAAUAUAAAUUUAACUGAAAAAAGUGAAGCAUCUUUUGAUAAACCUGGAAGACAACCUUUAAUUUUAAACACAACUGAGUCCACAAAUGUCAGUCCUGAUACCAUUAGACCAUACCCUAAAGCAGAUGAUCGAAAAAAUAAAAUGCAUAACAAAAGAAAAAAAGUAAGUGCGGUUGUUACAGACACUCCAGAAAAACUUAAAAUAGAAGAAGCUACAAAAACAAAAAAUGAAAAAAUAAAAAAAAGCCUUUUUCCUAAUAAAACCAAAAUAAAGAACAUUAAAAAAAUAAGCAAACCAACCAAACCAUUAGAUGAAAAUAACAUUUUAUCAGAUAGCUCAGCUGACAUUUUUGAUGAAAUUACUGGUUUUGAAGAACUAGAUAAAGACCCAGAAGAGGGUGACUAUGUUUUAGUUAGAUUUGCCUGUUCUAAUUCUAAACAAGCAAAAAAAACUAUUUUCUAUGUUGGAAAAAUUAUUAAAAAUGUAGACAACGAAGGAUUUUUAGGAAUAUCUUACUUAAGAAGUUACAAAAAAUCUAAAAACAAGUUUGUUCUGCCACAAGUGCCAGAUUUAUCAUCUGUUUGCCUUAAAGAUAUAACUGCAAUAUUACCUAAGCCUAAAAUUAAUGGUAAAACAGCAAGGCAACAAUCAUUUUAUGCAUUUGAAGUAAAUUUAAGUAAUUUUGAAAUUCGUUAG